CGGCGAGGCUGCGGCUCCCGCGAGCGUCGAGGGCGUGGCGGCGAGGCUGGGGGCGGCCGGAGCCGCGCGGACUGUGUCCCGGCCGCCGCCCGCCGCGUCUCCCCGGGCCGCGCUCCUUGCGGCGCCCCGGCUCCCGCGUAGCCCGUCGGGCCGCCCCGGCCUCGCCCCUGCCCGCCUUCCCUCCUUCCUGCAGCGGCGAAGCGCGCAGAUGCCUGGUGGACACCUUAGGACUUUAAAAACGGAAAAGACCUGCUUUUAGGGGAUAAUGCUGAGGGACACUAUGAAAUCUUGGAAUGAUAGCCAGUCAGAUCUCUGUAGCAGUGACCAAGAAGAGGAAGAAGAGAUGGUUUUUGGUGAAAAUGAAGAUGAUUUGGAAGAGAUGAUGGAUUUCAGUGAUCUGCCUACCUCACUUUUUGCUUGCAGUGUCCAUGAAGCUGUGUUUGAGGUGCAAGAGCAGAAGGAGAGAUUUGAAGCACUUUUCACUGUCUAUGACGACCAAGUGACAUUUCAGUUGUUUAAAAGCUUUAGAAGAGUCAGAAUAAAUUUCAGCAAACCCGAAGCAGCAGCAAGAGCACGAAUAGAACUCAACGAAACGGACUUCCACGGGAAGAAGCUGAAGCUGUAUUUUGCACAGGUACAGAUGUCCAGUGAAACCCAGGACAAGUCGUAUUUACUGCCCCCGCAGCCGGUCAAACAGUUCCUCAUCUCCCCUCCCGCCUCGCCGCCUGUCGGGUGGAAGCAGGGGGAAGACGGAAUGCCUGUUAUAAACUAUGACUUACUCUGUGCGGUUUCCAAACUGGGACCAGGAGAGAAAUACGAGCUCCAUGCUGGAACGGAGUCAACGCCGAGCGUGGUGGUUCAUGUCUGCGAAAGUGAAACUGAAGAGGAAGAAGAAACAAAAAACCCCAAACAGAAAAUUACCCAGACGAGGCGCCCCGAGCCUCCAGCCACAGCACUGAGUGAGCCCCAGACCUUCGAUGGGGCACUGUGAGGCCUCUGGCUGGUGCCAGGCAGCCGCCCCCGGGGGCUCCGCGCUGGAGGUCCCUGCCCCUUCUGGCGCACCGUGGCUCGGCGUGUGUGGGAGUGGAUAGUUGAAGCUCCUAAAGCAGAAACAAGCGUCUUUUUACCUUUCUGUGGUCUGCUCAGACCUGGCAGUCCCUUUAUAGAAAAGUCUCAUAACGAAGAAAACUUUGCUUUGGUCACUUGCCUGUCUUCUCUGUAUGUCACGUGUCUGGAGCUCCCUGGUAUGUGUGCGAAGGGGCUGCACACAGGAGUUUGGACUGAUAAACCAAUGUGGCCGCCACUACCCAGAAGGAAGAAUACAGAAAUUCACGCCGUGGUGUCCGUACAUUUUUGGUAGCAUGUUUUGUGGUUUAGAGGUUCUUAUUAUGGUAAGUUUUAUUUCUGAGGACUUAAACCAUAUUGCCAAAAAGUUUUAUAUUUUUUCUUGCCCUCAAAUACUCUGAGAUAAUAAGCUGUCCUAUUUAUAUAUGUCUACCCCGGCUCAUUCUCAAUAUAAAUUCAGUUGAAAUUUGUGAUUCCAUAAGCAGUUUAUUAAAUUCAGAUCAUCAUUUGGCAAUUUAACGACAGCCACUUCAUAAAUUUACUUUGCACUCCAAAUUCACCAUUUUGCCAGUGUUUGAUCUUAUCUGGUUGCAGUAACUCAUCAUUUGCAGAAUGGACCUUGUAAGUCAGGAAAUGUAUGUAUUUUCAACAGUUGAGAAUUUUAAAAUUUCCUUUUAGGUAAUAUUUAUUAGCUAAUUUUCUAAGUGAUCAAAAUCCAUAAUGUUUUGUUAUUUGGCUUGGCUUUCAUGGUCUUUCUUCCAAUUAAAGAAUAGUCUAUUCCUAACUUACAUAACCUGUUUUUAAAGUCAAGCAGUGCAAGUAUUUCUUUUCUCUGUAUUUAUUUUUUUGAGAGUAUUGAAUAAGUUGAAGAAAAACUUAAACCAAAAUAAAUAUAUAUUAAAUACAAAAUAUAUAUUAUUUAAUAUAUACACAUAUUAAAGUUUUCUGAAUGGAGAACAUUAAUAUUUUCAUUCUUUCCAUAAGGUGAACUCUAAAAGAAAAAGUACUAAAUGCCCAUUAACUUUUGAAUAUGGUGAAAUCAACCAGGAUCUCAACAAGUAUUAGGGUCUCUGUCCUUGGCAAUUUUAUAUCCAGCUCACGUAACCAUCUUGUAAGAGAUGAGUCUCGUGUACUUUUUUAAAGUUCCUUUUAAUAAGUUUAGCUACAUUUUCUUUUUGGAAAUUGAGUUAUUACUUAGAUUUAACUCUGAUAGUGUAGUAGCCUUGCUCUCUUUAGAAAUCGUAACUUCAUCUCAGGAAUCAAAUUCAUUAGAGCAUUGUGAGGAAAGAAGAUGAUGCUUUGUGUUAGGAAAAAAGCAUUUGUGAAGCAUAAGGAAAUCCUAACACUUUAUAAUAAGGAUAGUCAACAGACCCUGCAGUGCAGUGGUGCUUUGGCUCCUGUGUUCUAAGCUCUUUCGACAUACCCGCCUGACAAAACUGGAAAUAAACCCAUUUAAAAAGUGCGCUCGUGUGAGCAUCAACUCGUUGAAGGUGCUAAGAGACAGAAUCAGUAAAAACAGUUCCCUUGCCUUAGGGAGCUGAACAUCAGGAGGAGAGCAAACUCAUCUUCUUACAUUUUGCUUCUUCAUACUUUAUACACUAAACCUAGCCACAGAAUGGAGAGCCCAGGAAGUUUUAUGUUCACCAUAAAGGUUUAAAUGGAACUUGGUGUGUUCAAAUCAGAGCUGCCAAGAGACAGGGCAGGAUCAACCAUCCUUCUUCUAGAAUACGGGCCUUUUGUUUCCCACUCACAGCCACUCUAUCUCUUCAGAACGUUGUGAUAGAAAGCGAAGACCUUAGAUUUCCUUAGAAUCCCAGUCAUAGUGCCGAAGGCGACUUUGGGGAUGACGUAGUCUACUCCUCGUGUGACACAGAUGAGAAAACAGAGCUGACACGUCUUAUUACGGAGGCCACGGGGACUAGAUUGGCAUUCCCAACUCCCGCGCUGGGCAUUUUCUCCUUUAUAGACAGACAAAAAAGGGGAAAAGAAUUCUAUCUCCCCUGAAGGGAUACAGUGAAUUAGAGACAUCUGGUGAAGGCAGUGACUCAGUCUCAUGAAUGAAAUCGAUGUUCCACGUUUUAUGUUUUUGUUAGCAUUUUACUGUUGGGAUUGGAAUCUACUUAAAUAAUGUUAUUUUGGUAGCCAGCAGUCAUGUUGACAUUUUAUGUGGGCCUUCAUAGGUUUUAGUAGUAAUGAGAUUAAAUUACAAAUAGUUAUACUUGAGAUGUGACUCUAAUGAAGCAGCAUGAGCGCUCCCAGGAUUUGGAAAUAGCUUGCAGUGGAACGGCACCGUCACUCAGUGCUUCUAAAAUGGAGCUCUGGUAAAGACUGAAGACUGACUUAUAUAGACUCUUUUACAGACCAUAGCUUUAUUCUUAAAGGGGAAGAUCUCAGACAUAAUUAAGCAGUGGAAAAUGUAUGAGAUUCUUCGGUGCAUCAGAGUUCCCUGUCUGUGGGUAGCUGUCUUUGCUCUGGAGGCCUAGACUUUGGUCAGCCUUCCUUUGGCCACUCACUGUGCUCCUUUUCUACACACUUGCAUUUACAUCCUCCUGUACAAAAACAAAUUAUUUAUAAAUGUGACAGAAUAAUGGGAUGAGGGAAUUAGUUGCCUCCUAGCCGGGGAGGGAAGUCCAUUGUUAAAGAAGCUCACUUUUUAAAAAGUUAAGUAAACGUGAAGAAUAAGGUUUAUGAACCCUGUUCAACAACUUAGUAAAUACUCAUUUAUUUUAUAACCUCCCCUUGGGGUAUGGGUCUGCCAGAUGCCAUUGUUGUCUCUACCCAGGAAUCAGGGGAAAAUGUUAGUAACUUGAAGGGUGUUGUUAUUAAUACCAAAUACACAAGCAACAAAGCAACAGAAGAUUGUAAUAACUGCUAGGUUUUACUGGCCAAAAAGAUUGUAAAAAUGGUCAUUUUCAAAGUAGACGUUUCCAGCCAAGGUUAAGAAGAACUGAUGUGGGGCUGAGUCAAAGUGUCUCCAUCCAUUUAAGUAAAAGCGUAAGGACCUGUUACUAAACUAGGCAUGCGUGGUCUGUCUUGUGAACUGUGUUUCCUUUUGAAGCAAAACCAUGUCCCGCAGACUCCUGGGAGUUCCUGCAUAGCUUUGACUGAAUGUUCAUUCUCGUCAUAUGGAAGAUUUCUAUCUAUGCAGAGAAUACGUGUUUUUCCCGUCCUGUUUUCUCUGUAGUGCCCAGUCUUCCUAACCCGUACUAGGGACUGAGGAGAGUCAAGGUGGCUAAUGCUGUUGCUACCAUCCCCCUCCUGCUCCUUCUCCCCCGAGGUGGGGGCCCCAGAAGGGCGCCGUCCACGUUUCUGCUGUAUCGUGCAUGUCCUCCAACUUGAAGAAAAAUUUUUCACUCAUUUCACUUCUCUCUUCAUUGAACUCCAGGAGGUGAAUUUAUAAUUUUAUCUGAACAUGUUUGCGAUCUUGUGUUAUAUUCUGGGGAACAUUACUUUUCUGGUACUAUAAAUUGUAGUGAAUAUUCAUUGUACUUUGAAAACCUGGUCAGUAAUUUAUAUAUAUAUAUAUAUGUAUUCUGUAUUUUAGUGCGCCUGAUGUGACAAUCCAUAGUUUGUAGUAGUUCGUUAUUUGUCAACUUUGGCUCUCCUGUAUUUUUAGGACAUUUAAAUGCUCCCUGUUCUCUCAAAGUGACAAAAGCAGAAGGUAAUGUUUUUUGGAAUCCUUGUGAUUACUUGUAACAAGUUUUGUUUUUAAAGCUAAUAAAAAUAAAAUUAGGGGUUUUUAAAAAAUCAA